AUGAAUCUCACCCAGAUAUCUGCAACAUUUGCUAUUGGCACUCAGCCCAGCCACUGGACUGGUUCUCAUUUUAUACAGGUGACCUCCAAACAUGGACCUGCCUACCUAGUCAAGCUGCGGAACCCCUGGGGAAGAGUGGAAUGGAAAGGAGACUGGAGUGACAGCUCAAGUAUGUGGGAGCUACUGAGCCUCAAGGAGAAGAUUCUGCUGCUGAGGAAAGAUGAUGAUGCAGAAUUCUGGAUGACACUGCAGGACUUUAAAGCACAUUUCAUACUUCUGGUCAUCUGUAAACUGAGCCCAGGCCUGCUGAGUCAGGAGGUGGUCCAGAAGUGGUCGUACACCAUGCUGGAGGGGAGAUGGGAGAAAGGGACCACGGCUGGUGGUCCGACAAAGUCACCCCGAGACACAUUUUGGAAGAACCCUAAGUUCCUGCUGUCGGUCUGGAGGCCCCAGGAGGGCAGGAGGUUCCAGAUGCCUUGUAGUGUGCUGGUGUCCCUGCUCCGGAAGCCCAGGCACAGGCACCGCAACAAGAAACCUCACCUCGCCAUUGGCUUCUACCUCUUCAGGAUGAGCAAGGGCUAUGAUGACCAGAGGAGAUCGUCUCCCAAGUUAUUCUGGGAAAAUGCUCCCCUGAAUUGGCCUGAGACGUUUCUCAGAGAGAAGGAAGUGAGUCGGGAGCUGUGGCUGGAGCCUGGGACAUACGUCACUGUGCCCUGCACAUCUGAGUCCCGCCAGGAGUCUGAGUUCGUCCUCAGAGCCUUCUCCAGGAAGUGCGUCUUUUAUGAAAUUGGCCGCAAUUCAAGUGUCGUCUUCCCUAAGGUGAACCGUAGAGCAAAUGGAGGGCAGGAUGAAUUCUUCACCCAACUCUUUGAAAAGCAUCCAGAAAUAAAUGCAGUCCAACUGCAGAAGAUCCUGAACCACAUGCCCUGGGCAGGUCUAAGGAGCGAACAGCCUCUCUUCAGCCUCGAGGCCUGCCAGGGGAUCCUGGCCCUACUGGAUCUUAAUGCGUCCGGCACCGUGAGUAUCCAGGAAUUCGGGGACCCGUGGAAGCAGCUGAUGCUCUAUCAGGAGGUUUUCCACAAGCAAGGCACUAACUGCUCAGGAUGCCUGAACUGGGCCCAGCUGCGGGCUGCCAUGAGGGACACAGGAAUCGCGCUCAGUGAUGACGUCUGCCAGCUGAUGCUCAUCCGCUACGGUAGCCCUGACCUCCAGAUGGCCUUCGUCAGCUCUGUCCGCUUGAUGCUGCAUGUGGAGAACAUGCAGGACGUCUUCCAAAACUUGACCCAAGAUGGCAAAGGGAUAUACCUCCAGAAGCCAGAAUGGCCGAUGAUGACUCUGUACUCCUCAGAAGGCUGGACGCUCGUUGGCCCUCACUGAGGACUCUGCAUAUGGCCCAAGGGUGGCCUUUGGCUGAGACCAACCCAUGCUCAACCC